AUGUGCUCUGAGAAGGGGUCCAGGUGCAUAAGCAUACUGCUGUUGGCCUUGGCCACUGCAGCCAUCAUCGCCAACCUCCUGCUCUACUUUCCCAAUUGGCAGGUGCUGGAGCCUGACAAAAUCACAGACUUGGUCUGGUUUUUUCAUGGCUUUCUUGGAGCUGGAUUUUUGGUCAUGGUGCCAGCACUGCUGUUGUUGAGAGGAGGUGGAGAGGGCUACUAUUCUCACAGAUGUAGGAUGCUGUUCCCUGUACUUCUGCCCACACAGGGCACCAUAGGAGCUAUGUACUGUGUGGUCAUUUCUUCAUUGGGUUUGCUCAGUGGCCCCUUCUGUGACACUGGCAGUGGAAACUACACCUACCCUUUCAGGAAUGACAGCUUCAAGGACAACUACUUAUUCAAUCAGCCGAGCUGGGCUGCCUGCCAAGAGCCUGAGAAUAUCGUCCUCUGGAAUGUGGUCUUGUUCUCCACCCUCCUGGGCAUUGGUGCCAUGCAGGCUGUGCUUUGCCUGAGUCAAGUCGUCAGUGGACUCUGCGGCAUUUUCUGUGGCACGUGCACCCGAAAGGGACAGUCCUUUUAUGUUGCAAGACACAGAGAGUCCAUCCAAUCAGUUCUAAACCCCUUUGAAAGUCAUCAGAUCAAAGUAAGUUACAAGCAGGUUAUUGUGGACUCCAGAGCUAUUGAUGUUUUUUCAGACACUUAUAGAAAUUCUCAAAGGAGAAGAGUUACCUGUUUGCUUUGCCUCUGCUUCAUCCAGCGGCCCAGUGGAGAAGAAACAGCUUUGUUCUGGUGA